AGCGCGCGCGCGCACACACACCUUCCUUCCUCCCUUGCCCAGAGUUGUAGUUGCGAGAGAGCAGAUCCAACGUUAGCUUGUAGUUGUGUGCCUCGGCUGGCUAGAUUAGCUGGCUAACUGGCGUCAACUGCUGGAUACAUUAUCUCCGUCACCCCGCAUAUCAUUUGAGAGGAGUUCAUCUUCUGAUCAUGGCAGAUUUCUCGCUGUCAGAUGCCUUAGGAGACAACUCUCCAAGCAAGGCAAAGAAAAUAGGGACCAAGAACCCGACUGCUCCUGCCAGUAACCCUGCGCAUCCUGCAAAUCCAGGGUGGCCGGCUGCAGCCCCAGGAGCUCCCACCCAGCCCACCGCUCCGGGUGGCUUUGCUGGUGGAUCAUCUGGCCCCGGGGCGCCAGGGCAAUUCCCAUAUACCUCGGGUCCUGGGGCACCAGGGCAAUACCCGGGACCUCCUUCAGCACCUGGCGGGUUCCCUGGUCCUGGGAUACCUGGACAAUACCCACCUGCACCAGGAGCUCCAGGGCAGUUUCCCUCCAGCCCCGGAGCCCCCGGGCAGUUCCCCGGAGCCCCUGGGCAGCACCCUGCGCAGUUCCCCGGAGCCCCUGGGCAGCACCCAGGGCAGUACCCCGGCCAGCACCCGGGGCAGUUCCCAGGCCAGCACCCGGGUCAGUUCCCCGGGCAGCACCCUGGGCAGUAUCCUGGGCAGCACCCUGGGCAGUUCCCUGGGCAGUACACUCCUGAAGGAGCUCCAGGACAACUACCUGGAGGCCCUAGUCCUUACCCAAGUGGACCAUUUCCUUCUGGCCCCGGAGCUCCCCCUGGGCCUUAUCCAAAUGUGCCUUACCCAGGAAGUCAGCCAGGCGGAGGCAACGGGAUGUAUGGACCUGGUGGUCCAGGUGCAUUCUCUCCUCCAGCUGGCCCUGGUUCUUUCCCUGCAUACCCUGCUGCUGGAGGCUUUCCCCCAAUUCCCACUGGGUCAUGGGGACCACCUGCAGGGGGAGGCUUCCCUCCUGCCCCUGGCUCCUUUGGUCCUGGCCCUGGGCCUAUGGGUCCAUACGGUGGGCCUGCCGCUCCGGGAGGCAUGAUGAUGGUGCCGUAUGAUCUCCCACUUGAUGCUGGAAUUAUGCCUCGACUUGUAAUCACCAUAGAGGGGGAGCUUGUUCCGGGUGCAGACAGAUUCCAAGUGGACUUCAUCAAAGGUCCAGAUGUCGUCUUUCACCUGAACCCUCGCGUUCACGAGCAAACCGUUGUCAGGAACUCCAACCUCGGUGGCUGUUGGGGGCCGGAGGAGCGGGAAGCACAUUUCCCAUUUGUUCACGGACGCCGUUUUGAGCUGAAGAUCCUCGUGGAGGAGGACUCGUUUAAAGUGGCGGUGGACGGCAACCACCUGCUGGAGUACGAGCACAGAGUCGGCGGGCUCGAGGAAGUGAACCUGCUGCGGGUGACUGGCGACGUCAUCCUUUACAGCGUAGCCCCGAACAUGAUCUGAAACUCGGCUACCAAACCACGUGCUGGACAGGAGACCCGGCGUCACACUUCACCACCGUGUUUGACGUGCUUCUCCGAUACCUCGCUGGAGUUUCUGAGGCACAAUAGUCAGUCAAGUGCAAUAUUUGCCCACGUGGCACUUUGUCAUUUAUCACAGAACAAAUGGCAAACCAACCCAGGGGUCAGCACAUUAUAAUCUUUUUCUCUUUUUUUGCUGAAUGAUAUCUCUUUUUGUUGCCACUCAGUAUCCAAUAUAUUUAAGGACAUAACAGUAUUGAAUUUAGCGAAUGAGAUAAAGUGCAUCUAAAACAGGCGUUUAAAGGAAAUACUAAUUUAUACCUAAUAAAAAGAUUGUAGGCCAAGUGGAACAGAUUUUCCACUAGUAUGCUGUAAUUUGUUUACAGUACGUGUAUGUUUAUUAUCUUGUCCUUUAUAUCAAUAUCUUGAUGAGCCUUUGCAAUGCAUGAGUGUGAUGCUGAAAAUCAACUUGGUCUCCUUUUCCCCUUCUUUCUUCAGUGCUGGCCGAUUCUCUCUCCCCCUCCCCAGUCGUAGGCUCAAUGAAGUUUCUUAAAAUGUAUUUAUAUACAGACUUUGAGCUCCUCCUUUCUUUAGUGUGAAUCCUCCCGAGCUCUUAGACUGGAGGGUCGUGUCUUACAAGUUAUGAUUUCAUGUUGAAGUCAAAUGGAGAGAAAUGGUGAAAAGUGAGGCUCAUUUGAAGUUAAUCGCUGGAAAGGAGAGGGAUGAGAUCUCUGAUUUGUUGCCAAAGAUAAACAGUGGUACAAUAUUUUGAGAUUAUAUGCUUAUAAAUAAAGGGCAACAAACACACAAUGACUGAUAAUGCUGUUUGAUUCAGAAUAUUGUACACUUUUCUGCCUGUGCACAUAAUAAAUACUAGUUUCCCUGUU